AUGGCUGAUCCUGGAAACAGAGGAGGGGUCUACCGUCCCUUGAGCCUCACCUGCUCCCUGCUCAUUGUGGGACUGUGCUGUGUGUCUCCUUUAUUCGGUCAAAGCCAGACAGACCUGCUGGCUCUUAACCAAGCCGAUCCCCAGUGCUGGGAAUCUUCCUCAGUGCUCCUCCUGGAAAUGCGGAAGCCUCGGAUUUCCAACACUGUGUCAGGUUUCUGGGACUUUAUGAUCUACCUGAAGUCAUCUGAGAACUUGAAGCAUGGGGCACUGUUUUGGGAUCUGGCCCAACUCUUCUGGGACAUCUAUGUGGACUGUGUCCUCUCCAGGAACCAUGGCUUAGGAAGGAGGCAAUUGGCUGGAGAGGAAGAGGAGAUCUCUGCAGUGCAUCCACCGCACUCAGGGAGGAAACAAGGUGCACAUUCUCAGCAGCCAAGAAUCCGUUCCCUGAAGAAGAAAGAGAUUGAAGAUUUGCUAAGCCUGUACAUACGCAGGAGAGGGUCUAAAUUAAUUGGAAAAGCAAGCAGCGGCCUUGAAAUGAAGAGAAAAUAA